AGUCUUCCUUCGCCUGCCUUUCAGAGCCCAGCUGCCCCCACCCCAAGCACCAUGUGGCUACAUGGUGAGUUUUCCCUCGCACAGGCCGAACAGGGUUUCUGCCAAACGUAAUUUAUCUGGCAAAAGAGGCCAGUGUUUGCCUGUCAUCUGGCCCCCUCCCUACCUGCUCUCCCUGGGUCUUCCUGGCCUCAGCCCCUCUGGGCCAGCCAGGCGGGUGUAGGACUGCCCAGCCAGUGCCGGCCCCACCACCGGGAGCCCCAGGGCCUGGUUGGAAGAACAGACUUGCAGAGCCACUGUCAGGAGCCCCAGCAUCCAGGCCCCCCAGGAUGAUGGGCUGGGGGCCCCCACAACUUGAUACAGCCAGAGCUGCCUUGGUGUGUCACAGGGACCCCCAGGGAAGCCCUCAGAUACACCAGCUAACAGAGACAGCAGCAGCAUGAGCCGGGCCAGGCGAGCUGCGUGAAUGAGUUGCUAGGCUUUUGUGCUGGCUGCUCUUUGUAUUGGAGGCGUGUACACUACAAGCCGCGCCGGGCGGGCUGGGCCAUGUGAGUGAGGGCCGCCGUGGCAGGGACCAGGGCGGGCCGAAGCAGCCGGUUCUCCACCUCCCACCAGCCCCUCUCCGUGUCUCCGCGGAGACGUUACUGUGGUCCAGCUGGAGACCAAAAGGUGAAAAUGCUCAAGUUCAAGGCCUUUUGCCUGGAUUACUGGCAGUUCCUGUGCCUACAGCCCCUGCAUGGAGCCUACAAAAGCGUCGAGGGCGAGGCCCCCAGCAGUGAGACUGGCACGUCCCUGGACAGCCCCUCGGCCUACCCCCAGGGCCCCUUGGUGCCCGGUUCCAGCCUGAGCCCGGAUCACUACGAGCACACAUCAGUGGGAGCCUAUGGGCUGUACUCGGGGCCGCCGGGGCAACAGCAGCGCACGCGGAGGCCCAAGCUGCAGCACUCGACCUCCAUCCUGCGCAAGCAGGCCGAGGAGGAGGCCAUCAAGCGCUCACGCUCACUCUCUGAGAGCUAUGAGCUCUCCUCAGACCUGCAGGACAAGCAGGUGGAGAUGCUAGAACGAAAGUAUGGGGGGCGCCUGGUAACCCGCCAUGCAGCCCGCACCAUCCAGACGGCGUUUCGCCAGUACCAGAUGAACAAGAACUUCGAGCGCUUGCGCAGCUCCAUGUCAGAGAACCGCAUGUCACGCCGGAUUGUGCUGUCCAACAUGAGGAUGCAGUUCUCCUUUGAGGGGCCUGAGAAAGUGCACAGCUCCUACUUCGAGGGGAAGCAGGUCUCAGUGACUAACGACGGCUCCCAGCUGGGAGCCCUGGUGCCCCCUGAGUGUGGUGACCUCAGCGAGCCAACCACCCUCAAGUCUCCGGCCCCCUCCAGCGACUUUGCGGACGCCAUCACCGAGCUGGAGGACGCCUUCUCUAGGCAAGUGAAAUCACUGGCCGAGUCCAUCGACGAUGCCCUCAAUUGCCGCAGCCUGCACACUGAGGAGGCACCGGCCCUGGAUGCGGCGCGGGCCCGGGACACCGAACCCCAGACAGCCCUGCACAGCAUGGACCACCGCAAACUGGAUGAGAUGACGGCCUCGUACAGUGAUGUCACCCUGUACAUCGAUGAGGAGGAGCUGUCGCCCCCUCUGCCCCUCUCGCAGGCAGGGGACCGGCCAUCCAGCACUGAGUCGGACCUGCGGCUACGGGCUGGGGGUGCAGCCCCAGACUACUGGGCCCUGGCCCACAAAGAGGACAAGGCCGACACGGACACGAGCUGCCGGAGCACACCGUCACUGGAGCGGCAGGAGCAGCGGCUGCGGGUGGAGCAUCUCCCGCUGCUCACCAUCGAACCACCCAGCGACAGCUCUGUGGACCUCAGUGACCGCUCAGAGCGGGGCUCGCUCAAGAGGCAGAGUGCUUACGAGCGCAGCCUCGGCGGGCAGCAGGGCAGCCCCAAGCAUGGUCCCCACAGCAGCGCCCCCAAGAGCCUCCCCCGGGAGGAGCCUGAGUUGCGGCCCCGGCCCCCCAGGCCCCUGGACAGCCACUUGGCCAUCAAUGGCUCAGCCAACCGGCAGAGCAAGUCUGAGUCGGACUACUCAGACGGUGACAAUGACAGCAUCAACAGCACGUCCAACUCCAACGACACCAUCAACUGCAGCUCCGAGUCAUCGUCCCGUGACAGCCUGCGGGAGCAGACGCUAAGCAAGCAGACCUACCACAAGGAGGCCCGCAACAGCUGGGACUCGCCUGCCUUUAGCAACGAUGUCAUCCGCAAGAGGCACUACCGCAUCGGCCUGAACCUCUUCAACAAGAAGCCUGAGAAGGGAGUCCAGUACCUCAUCGAGCGUGGCUUUGUGCCCGACACGCCCGUCGGGGUGGCCCACUUCCUGCUGCAGCGCAAGGGCCUCAGCCGGCAGAUGAUCGGCGAGUUCCUGGGCAACCGGCAGAAGCAGUUCAACCGCGACGUGCUCGACUGCGUGGUGGACGAGAUGGACUUCUCUGCCAUGGAGCUGGACGAGGCCCUCAGGAAAUUCCAGGCACACAUCCGUGUCCAAGGGGAGGCUCAGAAAGUGGAGCGGCUCAUCGAGGCAUUCAGCCAGCGCUACUGCAUCUGCAACCCUGGGGUGGUGCGGCAGUUCCGGAACCCAGACACCAUUUUCAUCCUGGCCUUCGCCAUCAUCCUGCUGAACACCGACAUGUACAGCCCCAAUGUCAAGCCCGAGCGGAAAAUGAAGCUGGAGGACUUCAUCAAGAACCUCCGAGGUGUGGACGAUGGUGAGGACAUUCCCCGUGAGAUGCUGAUCGGGAUCUAUGAACGGAUCCGCAAGCGAGAGCUGAAGACCAAUGAGGACCAUGUGUCCCAGGUGCAGAAGGUGGAGAAGCUCAUUGUGGGGAAGAAGCCGAUCGGAUCCCUGCAUCCUGGGCUCGGCUGUGUGCUCUCUCUGCCCCACCGUCGGUUGGUCUGUUACUGCCGGCUCUUUGAGGUUCCAGACCCAAACAAGCCCCAGAAACUCGGACUACACCAGCGAGAAAUCUUCCUGUUCAACGACCUCCUGGUGGUCACCAAGAUCUUCCAGAAGAAGAAGAACUCGGUGACGUACAGCUUCCGACAGUCCUUCUCCUUGUAUGGCAUGCAGGUCCUGCUCUUCGAGAACCAGUACUAUCCCAAUGGCAUCCGGCUCACCUCAUCUGUCCCCGGAGCAGACAUCAAAGUGUUAAUAAACUUCAACGCCCCCAACCCUCAAGACCGGAAGAAAUUCACCGAUGACCUGCGGGAGUCCAUUGCAGAAGUCCAAGAGAUGGAGAAGCACAGGAUAGAGUCGGAGCUCGAGAAGCAGAAAGGCGUCGUGCGGCCCAGCAUGUCCCAGUGCUCCAGCCUCAAAAAGGAAUCCGGCAAUGGAACACUGAGCCGGGCCUGCCUGGACGACAGCUACGCCAGUGGUGAGGGCCUCAAGCGCAGUGCCCUCAGCAGCUCCCUGCGGGACCUCUCGGAAGCCGGGAAGCGAGGGCGUCGCAGCAGUGCGGGAUCGCUAGAGAGCAAUGUGGAAGGGUCCAUCAUUAGCAGUCCUCACAUGCGCCGGAGAGCUACAUCAACACGAGAGUGUCCAUCUCGCCCACACCAGACUAUGCCCAACUCAUCUUCCCUCCUGGGCUCCUUAUUCGGGAGCAAGAGAGGGAAGCCCCCUCCCCAGGCCCACCUGCCCUCAGCCCCAGCCCCGCCACCCCCCCACCCACCGGUGGUCCUGCCUCACCUGCAGCACUCUGUGGCUGGCCACCACCUGGGGCCCCCAGAGGGGCUGCCGCAGGCCCCCGUGCACGGGCAUCACACCCAGUACUGCCACAUGCAGCAGAACCCUCCCCCGUACCACCACCACCACCACCACCACCCACCCCAGCACAUCCAGCACGCACACCAGUACCACCAUGGCCCCCACGGGGGCCACCCAGCCUACGGGGCCCACGCCCACGGCCAUCCACCGCUGUCCUCGGCCCACGUGGGGCACACAGCGCACCACCAUGGGCAGCCCCCUGCCCCACCGCCCCCCACCAGCAGCAAGGCCAAACCCAGCGGCAUCAGCACAAUUGUGUAGACGGCCUGGGCAGGGGUCCCAGGCUCCCUGAAACAGCUGCACACCACACAGGGCACGCCCGGGGGUCGCCAGCCGCACACCAAACCCGGGGCGCUUCUGUUGUCAUCUCUCCCCUCUGCCCCUCAUGGCCCAACCGGAGCCCCAGGAGCCCACAGGGCUGGUGUUGUGUGGAACAAAGGCCCAGAUUUCAUUUAUUGUUGGCACCCUGGGCUCCGCUCACCUCAGUCUGAGGGAUGGGUGGGCCUCAGACACCAUCAGCCUUGAAACGGUGCCGCCAGCCAAGUAGAUGUUGAACUGCCUCCCCCACUCCAGCUCUCAGCUCCCUGUGCCCUAAUUUACAUGCACAUGAAAACCCAACCUAGAAAACGAAGAAAUGAGAUACAAAAACAGAGACAAAACAAACCCCAAAACUUGCUGCAUUAUUGCUCUUUUAUUGACAAUGGGCAAAAAAUUAAGUAGACCUGAUAUGGUUGAUGAAAAUACGUAAGUAAACUUUAUAUAAUAUAAAUAUAUAAAUAUAUAAAUAUAUAUAUAUAUAUACUGUAUAGGUAGUACUUGUGUGUGAAAGGCAGGCAUUUCAGUCCACAACGUUAGCAAUACCCACCUUCCAAGGAGCUCCACUUACCUAAUAGGAAGACAGUACCUUAGCUGGGUGUGUGAGACAAUAGACCAAACCCUAAAUGCUAGAAACAAAUUCAGAUACUUCAUAUUUUCAUACAAAGAAGUCCCUCUAGGACUGGCUAAAAUCUUUACACAAUCAUUACUAACUGUGCCAAGUAACAUAGCAUCUAACUGUUUAAAAAGUCCAGUAUUGCUUUGUAUAAAUCCUUAUUUUAUUAACAGAAUACUAUCAUAGUCAGUAUUAUAAUGCUGUUAUUUCAGGUAAGCAAAUAGCUAAACUGCAGUACACUCUACAGUAGCAACUCAGGACAGCUGGUUACGAGCUGGUUGUCUUAGGACAUUGGUUACACAGAUUCUUAGACACUUUAAUGGCUGCGAUAACUGUGAAUCUCCAUGAUCCAUGUUUCUUUUAUGCGCAUAUGAUUUAAUGCACACUCAUUCAGAGUCCUCCGAGAGGGGCACCCAUACACGGCAGAAGUGUUCAUCUCCAACAUGAAAGUGACCAGCUCUCAUCCUCGUCUCCCCAACACCAUAACUUCCUCAUCCCGCCUCCAACCCACACCAGGCUGAAGCCCUCAGAGAGUGUUUUCAUCAGGAACCACUCUCGAACCUGAAGGUUGACUUUAGCGUUUAGCAACCCAGGGCAGUGUGUGUGUUUCCUGUUUUGUUUUCUGAGUGGUAGCAGUGAUCAUCGUAAUUCCAUGUAGCCAUGUGCUAGCAGAACCCCUGUGUCAUCACCGUGGCCCGUGUGACCCCAGCCGACGAGUGCCCGGCGGAGCCCCCGCUGCCUUCCCAUGGUCCAGUGAGCUGCCAGGGCAUCACAUGACUCUCAGCUGUGCUCUUGUCGCUUCUGUGUUGUGGUGACACCAUGCGCUCCCCGGGGCCAGACCUGCACGCAGCGGGUCUGUGCCCAAGUCACCCACGGGCCAUACUUUGUAGUUUCAGCCUUUCGAGCCACUGCAGCCGUCAGUGCUGUGCUCCUAAGCCAUGGGACCCGAGGACUGCCCCCCGGCGCCUGCCCAGGCAGAGGCCCUUUCAGAAAGGGCGAAGCUCACGCCUGACUCUGCGGGCCGUGGGGCCGCGUGCUCAGUGGACAGCGUGGUGAGCCGUGGCCAGAUGGCAGGAGGAGAGGGGAGCCCCCCCCCUGGCUGUGUGUCACCUUGGCUGGCUGGCUGGCCAGGGUUUUGCCGAUGUCCCUCCUCACAUCCCUCCCCUCGGUCAUAUCAUUGAGAUCACCGUACCAGCAAAUCUGCAAACCAAGCACUUUGUUAAUCUCCACAGAGAGCAAAUACAGCAAUCUAGUUUAGCCUUUUUAGAAAUGUGACUUUAACCUGCCCACCUGUGUCCUCCCAUUGGCGUGGCACUUCUUUCUUUGGUGUCUGCUCAGAAAGAAACAGCAUGGGAGCAUGUGAUUGGGUCCAGGCUGGGCUGUCGGGGAAGCGCCCUGGUGUCCCCGACUCAAUUCUUGGGUCUUUUUUAAAAGCCAGGCUCCCCAAAGCACUCUUUGUCUCACAAUUUUGAGGAGGUUGUUCUGACCUGGAAGCGUUAAACUGCUGCAUGUCAUCUGGCGUCAGCUGUGAGGCUGCGCUCUGUGUAUUGUGCAUUUGCAAAAUGUAUUGGUGUGACUGUAAACACAUCGUUGAAGUAAAGCGAUCACAUAUUGAGUAUGUCAGCUUUUCUCACCCUCUUCUGUGCUGAGAGGAGAGGCUAACUGUAACCUUUAGGUUGUUCCAGAAAAGAUUCAGGCCGUUUGGCACAGAAUUGUUCUUUCUGAAGGGUAGCACCAAUGAAUAGGAACAAACAGUAAAACCCCAGGAGGGGCUUUCAGGAAACUCUCCCUCUCCAUCGCCAUCCUGCAAGCUCCACAGCCUCGGGCUGCCAACCUCUGGCACCGUCCUCGGUGUGUCCUGGAGCUGUGCUGGGCAGCAGGCCUGGGCCUUCAUAAGGAGCUGCUGGAACCCACUGAGCCCCUCCCAGGGUUUCCAGCCGCACUCAGUGUGUUCCUUCAGGCUAGUGAGGUUUCAUCCUGUUUUAUUUGCAAGCUUAUCAAAAGUUUGUGGAAGACACAUUGUUGGGUUCCAGGGGCUGGAGUCAUGCUGCCCACAUCUUGUUUGGGAAGCAAAAGCUCCCAGUGAGCUGGUAUACCCGUGUGUCUUUCAUGGGACUGUCCCUUUUAGAUCCCCACCUGUCACAGCCAUAGCUUCGGGGUCCUGUCAUCACAUCCCCCGGGAGGGGAGGCAGGAGGAGGCCAAGGGCCCUAGGAUGUCUGCCUGGUCCUUUCUCACUGUGAGGAUGCCUUUGGCACACCUUUCUCAAGUCACACAAAUUAUUGCAGUUACAUAAUUGCUGACAGGAGCAGGAGAUGCUGAGGGAAACAGCUGGCAAUGUGACAGAAGUCUUUUCUGGGACAACAAUCAAAUCAUGUAUUUGUAUUUUUUUAAGUUUACCAAUGAAUUGUACAACAAUGUAAAAAUAAAGUUCAUCCUAAUAUGAUGUGCA